AUGGUCUUGUUACAUUUCCUUGGGAGGUAUCUUUUUCAAAGUAUCCAUAAUUCGCCAGUUGAGGAAAUCUUGACAUAUGAAAAUUGUAAAGUUUUAGAUGUGGGCUGUGGGGCUGGAGUUUGGUUAUUAGAAUCGGCGACAAAUUAUCAGUCAUCGCACUUCCUCGGAAUCGAUAUAUGCACUGUAUUUCCAUCAGAAGUAAAUGUUUUGAAUGGGCUUCCAUUCGAAGACAACUCGUUUGACUACGUACACCAAGGAAAUAUGGUUGAAGUAUAUACAAUAGAUCAGUGGAAUUUCAUCAUAUCAGAACUAAUAAGAGUGUGCAAGCCGGGCGGAUACAUAGAAUUCACCGAACCUGAAUUAGCACCUAAAACUGGUCCAAUACUUAAAAGGUUCUAUGAUGCAUUGAUCGAAUUAAGCGAAUCCCGUAAUGUAAGAAUACGAAUGUAUAAAAACCUUAUCAAAAUCUUAAACUCAACGCAAAUGGUGCAAAAUAUUGAAUCAAAAGUUGCCAUAGUGCCAUUAGGGACGAAGAAAGGGGGAAAUGUCGGACAAACUUAUUUGGAAGUACAUGAUGGAUUUUUCUUGAAUGAUCCCAUGCCUGAAAUUAUGAGCAAAGUUAUGAACAUGUCACGAGAAGAAUAUAUUGAACUAUUUGGGGAAGCUAAGAAAGAAAUUGAAGAGGGCGUUGCACCUGAUUGUGAAAUAUAUAGAAUAUGGUGUCAAAAGAAAUUUUAA